AUGUACGGCCAUGUUGGAGUGCUUCACUAUAUUGAAAAUGAAACGGACGUUGAUUGGAUCAUAGAAAAUGGAAUUCAUGCACCUUACAUUCCAUUGUUCAGGUCGGACCUUUUUGACUUGUAAGUAUCAUUAACAACUGUGUCACUUAGUAGAGCUGGAUGCCUGGUAUAUCCAGGGACUUCCACUUGGGCACAUCCAGCCCCUUGGUGUUGUGUGUCCCGAUGAGUUGUGAUUCUGCACAUCUCAGCCAUGAUUCUCCUCGGGGGCGGGGGUACUCCCUUACAAGAGGCUAAUAGGGAUGUCCCGCUGGAUGGGGUCGCAUUUUCAUGACUGGAUUGACUAUAAUGGUGUCCCAUUUUCAAUAGAUUUACUAGAAUGGGGUCGCAAAUUUUCGGAUUUUGGGGGUAAGUAGGGAUUCAAAAUGGGAAGAUUCUCUGUUAAAAAAAUCAGAAAGUUGUUGUUUAUUAAAUUUAACAAUAAGUUUGCAUUGACCGCAUUAUAUUCCACCACCUGAAACCACAUUGGUAAGGUAGAUGCAUAAAUAGAAAGUGACUAAGUUGGGAUCGCGAGAAUUACAUUUUCCAAAAAGUAACUAAGAUGGGGUCUAUGAUUGGCCAAAAAAUAGACUAUAAUGGGGUAGGGCUCUGACAGGCCAGCGGCACAUACCCUGCAAACAUUAACCCAAGUACCCCCCCUGGAUUCCCCAUUUUAACAGGACUAGACACCCAUCACAUCAACUAACCAGUGGGAAAAAAAAGUAAACACAAGAUCUUAAUGAAAGGCUAAACAAACCCAGUGGUACAGAAUGCUGUACCAAGCACAUGGAGCUGAUGCAAGCUAGGCUAACUGUACCUGUACCACCAAAUCUACUGCUGGCCAACGGCACGAGAUGGCACUUGUAGUUGUUUCCUGCAUUAAAUUUCAUUGUUAAAUUAUUUUUUUUAAGUUUUAUUAGAACUAUGUCGUCAUUGAAACGAACCUCACUUCUAUUCAUACCGGUAAUCUUUUUUCAGACGUCUUCUUAAACGACUGAAGGACAAAAAAAAGAUCAGUGGAGCCCUGGCAAUAGCUGUCCCAUCUGGAAAAUACAGAUAUACUCCAGAAAAUGGUUCACACCUUCUUUAA